AAUGGGAAGGUACAAUGUUCCUCCUCAUCUUCAGCAAAGCUAAAUUUAUUGGUCACCAUCUGCAGGGUGGAGGAGCUUUGGGGUUGUGGCCAGGCCAAAGAAAGGCUUCUAAUUAAACAGUCAUCAUUAUCAACUUGUGGUCGGCGAUCAUCAUCCCCAACACUGCUCCGCGGAGAUGAACGUGGAGUCAUUGAGGCUUUCCUUGAAGGAAGCUGGCCUGAAUUAGAAUAGAAGAAGCGGAGGAGAAAAGUGCUGGCGAGAAUGUUUUCUUUUUUCCUCUCUUGGCAGAACAGGCAGCAUGAGGCCCGGUGCCAUAUCCACUCAGGUUUAAACAAUUACCCGACAUCAGAGAAACCAGCAGAGCCUCGGUGCUGGCACCGCCGUCCCGCUUUUGACUGCUGUACUUCAGGCCACGGUUCCAGACGUGGCCAAGUGUCACAUGUUAUUUACAUGAAUUCAACAUCAACCGACGAGUGAUUUCUGAAAACUGGGGAUUGAGUCUUUCAGUUUUUAACCCCACACGCUGACAUGGAGGGCUUUCUUCGUAGCAGCUUUUUACUGAGCAGAGUCAUGUCUUCCAAGCAAGCCACGUCUCCUUUCGCCUCUGUGGUCGACGGGGAUGAUGCCAUGAGUCAGGAGCACUUGUCUUGGGAGAAAGAGGAGAGCGCCGAGGCCCACGGAACGCCACAGCUGCCCCUGCACAGCCUGCUCCACGGAAAAGCCCAUCCCGACGAAAUGCAGCCGCUCAGCAGCGUGCCGCCAGAGAGCGACUGGGACAGCCUGGUGUCUGCCCAGCAGCACAUGGAAUCUGACAGCAAUAAAGUAUGUUCCCUGUACUCCUUCCGGAACAAUUCCACUUCCCCACACAAGCCGGAGGAGGGGGCCCGGGAGCGGAGUGACCUGCUGAGCGGAUCAGCGUUUGGCACUCCGGAACGUCGCAAAGGAAGCCUGGCAGACGUAGUGGACACGCUGAAGCAGAAGAAGCUGGAGGAGAUGACAAAGACAGAGCAAGACGAAUCCUCAUGUAUGGAGAAACUUCUUUCAAAAGACUGGAAAGAGAAGAUGGAGCGGCUUAACACCAGCGACCUUCUGGCAGAAGUGAAAGGUACUCCUGAGAGCCUGGCAGAAAAGGAACACCAGCUCUCUACGAUGAUCACGCAGCUGAUCAGCCUGCGAGAGCAGCUCCUGGCUGCUCACGAUGAACAGAAGAAGCUCGCGGCUUCACAAAUGGAGAAACAGAGGCAGCAAAUGGAGUUAGCUCGUCAGCAGCAGGAGCAGAUUGCGAGACAACAGCAGCAGCUCCUGCAGCAGCAGCACAAAAUCAACCUCCUCCAGCAGCAGAUCCAGCAGGUCCAGGGUCACAUGCCUCCGCUCAUGAUCCCCAUUUUUCCACACGACCAGCGCACUCUGGCAGCUGCGGCCGCAGCCCAGCAAGGCUUCCUCUUCCCUCCAGGAAUGUCGUAUAAGCCAGGUGAUAACUACCCGGUGCAGUUCAUUCCAUCCACAAUGGCAGCUGCAGCAGCGUCAGGACUCAGCCCCCUCCAGCUUCAGCAACUGUAUGCUGCCCAGCUUGCCAGCAUGCAGGUCUCUCCUGGAGCCAAGAUGCCCCCACUCCCCCAGCCCCUUAAUGCCAGUGGGCCCAUUUCUCCCUCCUCGCUGAAGAAUGACAAGAGUUCCUCCAGCCCCAUCGCUCAAGUCAAGGAGGAAGGAACACAGCCGCUCAACCUGUCUGCUCGACCAAAAACGACAGAACUGGUCAAACCCCCCACAUCCCCGACGCAAAGCCUGUUCCCCGGCAGUAAGAGCAGCCCUAACAGCCUGGCUGGCAAGGGUGGUAUCCCCAGCCCACUUGGAGGAGGCCUAGCCCGGGGCUCAUCUCUGGAUAUCCUGUCCAGCCUAAACUCUACUGCGCUGUUCGGGGAUCAGGACACAGUGAUGAAGGCCAUUCAAGAGGCUCGGAAAAUGAGGGAGCAGAUCCAGAGGGAACAGCUGCAACAUCACCAGCAGGGCAUGGAGGCAAAGCUGUCUGCCCUCAGCGCUGUGGGCCUUAACAACUGCAGAGUGGACAAGGAGAGGGCGCACUUUGAGAGCAUUGGCCACCACCUUGGGAAGCUGGGUGAGGAAGGGAAGAUGGGCCACAGAGUUAUUGACCUCACCAGACAAGAGGAUCUUGAUGGGUCCAGGGAAGUCAAUGGCUCUGCAGAUAAACCCCAACCAUAUUAUUGUUGGCCAACAGGAGGCGCUGGAUCCGCUGAAGCCAGAGUUUUCAGAGAGUCCAGAGGAAGGAACAAUAAUGAGCCCCACAUUAAAAGACCAAUGAAUGCAUUCAUGGUGUGGGCCAAAGAUGAGCGGCGCAAGAUUCUACAGGCUUUCCCCGACAUGCACAACUCCAACAUAAGCAAGAUUUUGGGUUCUCGAUGGAAGUCUAUGUCUAACCAGGACAAGCAACCCUACUACGAGGAGCAGGCUCGUCUGAGUAAGCUCCACCUAGAGAAGUACCCAAACUACAAGUACAAGCCACGGCCUAAGAGGACCUGCAUUAUCGAUGGAAAAAAGCUCCGCAUUGGGGAAUACAAGCAGAUGAUGCGUUCACGGCGACAAGAGAUGAGGCAAUUCUUCACUGUGGGACAGCCACCACAGAUCCCCAUCACCACCAGCGCCAGUAUGGUCUAUCCUGGGGCCAUCUCCAUGGCCACCACCACACCCUCACCUCAGAUGACAUCAGAGUGCUCGAGUGCCUCAGCGAGUCCUGAGCCAUCCAUUCCUGUCAUCCAGAGCACCUAUAACAUGAAGCUAGAGCCCAACGCCAUGGCGAACAACAGUGAACCAGUCAAUGGCGAGGAUGAGAUGGACAUGUACGAAGAUUUCGAGGAUGAGCCUAAAUCAGACUAUAGUAGUGAAAAUGACACACAAGAGCCAGUCAGCGCCAACUGAGAGCUGCAACACUCGUAGAGGACGAUGCGCAGUGGGCUAGUGUGAUGUGAAGGGGAGAGAUCAAAAGAAAACAAAAACUGCACCACAAACGUUUAAAAAAGUAAAAACAAAAAACGAUUUAUCAUCUAGGAGUCAGCAUGCAGAUGUGGCUUUAUCAGAGUCAAAAGCUAUUUGGUCUUAAGUGUUUCUUCAAGUGUGUGAAGCAGUUUGGUUGUGGUAAUUUAGAGGGUUUUUUUUAAUCAUUGUUUAUUUUUUUCAUCAUGAUCAUGGACAUUUACAGAGAGGUUGUUGCCUAGAACAAAAAACAGAACUUGAAAUGGAACAUUUGAUACAAACCUAUAAUUCUUAUAAUAAUUUACCUUGUUUUCCUCUACAAUUAGAAGAUUUUGAUAUUUUACAUAACUGUUCAAGAUGGGAAUAAUAUUCUCACUCAGGUAUAGUGUGCCAGCCAACAGCUUGUGAAUGUUUGAAAUCAAGAGAAAAAUAUUAUCAGUACAAAAGAUCUCAAAAUUCACACGGAGCGAUUACACCUUGUUACAGAGGGAAAAUGUUUAUUAUUAUUAUUAUUAUUAUUAUUUGGAGUGUUAUUACGCAAAAUUUAGUGCAGAAGUGCCAAACAUUUUAAGUUGUUUCUAAGAUCUGUAAAAUCUUUUGGGAGAGGCUUCAUGAGUCUUAGACAAUCUCUUGAUCUCUUAAUGCAUCUUCAUUAUCCAGUCUUUUUUUAAUUUACCCUAACAGAAUAAACAAAUGAAACUCAGGAACUUUGAGGCAGCAGACUCUGCAGGAGGUUAUAGUAUGUGACAUAUCUGGAUGGUAGCUUGUGACGCUAGCUGUUCUCCAGGGAGCUUAAUGCAGUGAUCAUCAAUGAAACUGGCCGGCCGUGGCAUCGUUCACUCAUUUCCAGCUCUGCAACCCAGUCGGACUCACCAAGGUCUUAAUCAGAGUGAUUGUAAUCAGGCCAGAAUGCUAAAGGGCCAAAGGCCUCCAAUCUGUGGGAUUGGAACUGCAGCGAAAGGCAGCUUUUGGGGCAUUACAAUCUUAAAUUGAUGUUGUACAAUGUGUAGCUACUACAGUACAUUCUGUUAAACGCUUUAGCCACAUUUGGACGGCAAGUUUAAAGUCUUAGGUCUUAGAACUUCAUUUUUUUCCAAUCUUAAUUCUUUUUAUACAUUGUAAAUCUUAAACAGACACUAAGAAGUCUUAAAGCAGAGCACGGCCACUGGGUUGAUGCCAUGAGUUGAUUACUGUAGGAGUCUUAAAGUAGUGACAGCUCAUGGGGAAACAGAACAGGCCAUGUUUGUUUCUUAACAGGACAACAAUAAAGGAGGGGGCAAAAACUAUCAUGUCAGCUAAACAGUGCACAAUAUGUGACCUUCUAGAGAUGGCAGCUAGACAGAGUCCCUCUAGUGGCCUUGACGCUGCCACUCAGCAGAAGGUCUAAGAGGCUCCCUCCCUGCUAUGACCUGCUCUGACCCCUGCCCAUGGUAACCUCAGCACCCAGGGGGCACCAUCUGGCUCAGAGAAGGAGGCAACACCAGGGACGGAUGGGAAACAAUAAAAAUGGGGUGUGCAUCCCUCAUUGUGCUCUCCAUCAAAGUGCUGGAAGUAAGGCCUCAACAGGGCUCCCACCCUGGCCCAAUCACCAGGCACUGGCGAGCAGAUGGAACAAGUACAUCAAGCUGUGGGGGAUUAUUAAAAUGACUGAAGACUGGGUAUCAUCUCAAAUGCAACAUUAUUAAUGCAUGAGUCCAGCUAUUCCCCUCCCUUGCCCUUGAACCUGAUCAUUUCAGAAAGACUACAUUGAUUUUUGAAUGAUCUGAAUGGCUGGUCACUGUAUUUAACUGGUCAAGAUCCCCACUGCUGGUCACUGCAUUGUUCCCCUGGCACUAAUUGGUACCGAUGGCUCUUUAUAUCUCUUUAGCAUCUUCUGUAUUCUGUCAAUAUCCAUAUAGUGCUGGCUUGCAAUGUUUCUACUUUUUGGAAGGAUUAAAAUUAAGUUUUGUAGUAUUUUAACCACCUCAUCAAUAAUUACUAUUUUUUCCUUCAUCAUAUUUUCUACAUUGUUCUGAUUUUGUAGAACAAAACAUUUCAAGGAUGCUCUCCUAUGAACAAGCCCUAAAGAAUUUCUCUCAGAGUCAACCUGUUUGGUAUUUUAAAGCUGUUUGCUCCUGUUUGCUGGCAGUUAGAUUAAUUUGUAUGUGACUGUAAAUAUUUUCAUGACCACGCCACACUGGUUGAGUUGGCUGGUAGUUAAAAAGGACUCUUCACAGGACUGAAACUUGACUGUGCUUAUUUAGCAACUUGACUGUGCUUAUAUAGCAAAAAAGAAAAAAAAUACAAGAACUCAUGAGGAGAUGUUUCAUAAGUGUUAUAAGCACUGGAUAUAAAUUGUAUUUUUAUCAAUUCUGAUUAAUGUGAAGCUGCCUGAGGAUAAACACCAUGAAUGAAAAAAAAUUCCCCAGUUGGACUCAAGUGGGUUUGCUCUCACAGUUGCCAGGUUUGAGUCUUUUUUGUGUGUUUUUUUUUUUUGUUUAUUUAUGCAAAGACACAUGUGAUGAAUGAACACGUUCUUUAAGCUUCAGGGGCUGCCAAAGGGAGAGACUCAGCACAAGAAAGUGAGCAGAAAACUCAACAGCAGGCUCAGUUAGCCGUGUAACAUCAGACUUCAGUGCAUUGUAUAUUGUAUUUGAAAGUGUAGAGUAUUCACGUAUUAUAUUUAUUAUUAGCCACUGCAGGCUCUAAAUUUCUCAGUAAAAACAACAUGGACAAUCAGAUGAACAAAAUAAACAAUAACAUUGGACCUAAACUGGUUUUCAACAAAUUCACCAUCUCAUUUAGAUUUUAAAUGUAAAUAAAACAUAGUAAAUAUAUUUUUGUUCAUUAGUGAAGUAUAAGUUAUGUUUAAUGUGUUUUUUUUCUUUCUUUGUUUUAAAUUCAUGUUUCAUGUCGUUUAACCUGACAAGUCACUGUACCUCAUGUAGAUGCUGUUUUGUUUCUGCUUAUUGGAAGAGAACACCUGACAAAUAGAGAAGCGCCUCACUCGUGUUUCAAUCAUUUUCUCUGGACUGUUCAAAGAACCAAUCAAACAUUUCAAGUAUGGUACUAAUUUAAACAACAAGCACUUGCUGUAAAGAAAUUACUCAAUUUGCUUUCCAUUACGAUACAAUCUACGUGUUAUGCUGUACAUCCUUUCGUGUUUUAUGUUUAUUGCAACAGGAGAAACUAGAAAAUUUACGUCAUCAUCAUAAAAGACACUUAUGAGUCACAAUAAUCAAACACAAGUGAUGUUAAUAGAUUUCUUUUUAAGUGGGAGCGUGCAAAUAUUGUUUUAAUGUGGAAAACUGCACAUUGUGCAUUUCAGAUAAUUGUCUCCUUGCCAUCUUUUUAUAUGUUGCUGAUUUUUUAAUGAACAUGUUCACAACUAUCCAGCCAUCUGCAAAUGUAGCCCUCACAAUUGUUUUCUUAAUCCACCUGUUAGAUAUGCAAAUGGUUUGAAUGAACUGAAGACAAAUGCUUGUAUGCUGUUUCAUCAUUAAUUACUGUAAUUUGAUUUUUUUCCUGUCUCAACUUUGUGAUGUAUAUGGUGGGAAUGUUCUCUGUGUUAAUUUAAUCAGCACAAUUCACUGACAUGCUGGACUGAAAUGCUAGCUGCUGUUCAGAAGUGUAAACUUUGUUGUUCAGGGCAACAUUUAGUUGUCUUUGGUACUUUGCUUUUUAGACUUGUCUCUCAAGCAACACUGUGUGUGGCUCUUCUAUCACUGGAGCCGUUGUUUUGAAUCGCUGGCAGCCUGAUACAGUUUUCUGCGUAGAACUCUUUUUUUUUUUGUUUUAAAUCCCUGGCAGGUACCUAGGCCUAUGGCAAGUAUUGUUCGGGUGUUAUUAGAGAAAAUGAAAUACAUAGUGUCUGUUGCUGCUUUAAAAAGGUUUAUGUCUGAAUAUGUAAAUAGUUUAUCAUAAUAUCUUGUACAGUCCAAUGUAAAGUUUUUAAUUCAACUUAAAAUAUGUUGCCAUCACAUUUGUGUUCACAUUCUUCUUUAUACAGUACAAAAGAUCAAUUAUUUGCUAGGGGUAUUAUUGUUAAAAAAAAGGAAAAAAAAGAAAAUUUUACUAAUUUUGAUUAUGUUUGUUUUGUUUUGUUUUGCUUGGCUUCAAAGUGUACACCAGCAAGUCUUUGGUUUCCAUGUGCAGUAUUGACGUGAGGUAAACUUAAGGUGAAUAACUUUACCGUGGUGUGUGUGGAGAGCAUUCUCUUCAGCUUUGGUAGUAUUAAUACACUAUAUCAAGUAAAAACAAACCAAUGAGAGAGACAUUUGUGUGUGUCUGUGCACCACAGAAAUGUGUAUACUGUAUAUGAUUAAAUUUUCCCCACAGGAUCAGUUCUGGCAUAUUAUAAUGGAACAUCAUUUUCUGUAUGUCUCAGUCCAUUGUAACAAUGCAGCAAUGGGUUGAAUAACUGCCUGUUUAAGCUCAUUUACCUCAAGAAUUUCUUCCCUUUCUGUAAAAGAGACAGAAAUUGUGUUACAGAAAGCUUCUCACAUCACUCCAUCUUUUGUACUGCUGUUGACACUUACAAAUUAAAGAGACCUUUUGUUUUAAAACCUGA